AUGCGGCAGGAGUUCAGUUACAACAGAAGUGGCCCUAUAUGCCAGGCGACUAGAAGCCUAUGGAAGCUUAUAUCUUUCCACCCCUUCAUUGGGCUCUUUCUCUGGGCUACUACUAAAUGGCGGCUUUCGCCUCGGACCCCACUGUGGAACAAGAUAUUGGGAUUGUGGCGAGCGCAGAUACGACCAGCAUACACUUCCCAAUCAAGGCCCUUGGUUGACAUUGACUGCAUACUCUGA